AUGACGCUCGACUUGUUCAAGAGCAAGAGCCGUAGCUGUGACUCGGACGCGGACGCGGAGGCUACAGCCAUCACAGUAUCAGCAUCUGCUGAAAGAAGCAAUGAAAGUGGUAGUGACAGCGACGAUGACGAGGUGGAGAACGCCAUGUUUCGUCCCGCUCCUAAGCUAGAGACUCAAGUGGAAUCAGAAUCUGAGAAGGAGGAUGACGACGGCGCGUCAUCGGAACAACCGCAACAAGAACGUUCCGUGAAGAAGAAACGAAAACAAAAGGAAGAAUUGAAGAAAAAGAUACAGGAACAGCUGCCAAGUGAAGAGGAUGAUGAGCUAAAGGAAGAGAUUGACCGGAAGACGGAGGCUACUGUCUAUGUUGAAGGAAUUCCAUACCGAGCCAAUGAGAGUGACUUGGUGACGCACUUUUCAUCCUGUGGCAAUGUGCGUGAAGUGCGUCUGCCGCGUUAUCAGGACUCGGGGAAACCUCGUGGCUAUGCGCACGUGGUGUUUGACGAUGAAGCAGCACUUACGAAGGCUUUGCAGUUGGAUGGAAAGUAUUUGUUUGGCCGCUACUUGUCCAUUCGGAGAGCAGAAGCGCCACGGGCUGUGGAAAUGGCGUUGAAGGAGAAGACGCAAAAUGCAACAAAGAAGGCAGUGAAAGGAUGUCGGACAGUUUACAUUAAGCAACUCCCGUACGAGGUAGAAGAGGCCACGAUCCGUGAAGCUCUGGCUUGUUGCGGUACUAUCACGAGUGUGCGAUUGCCACUUUGGAACCAUACACAAAAGCUGAAAGGCUUUGGAUAUGUUGAGUUUUCAUGUGAAGACGAGGCGUUGGCUGCUGCUCGUCGCAGUGGUAUGAAGAUCGGGGACCGGAUGGUACUCAUCAGUCUAGACGCGGCAGGAAGUGCACCGAAGGCAAGUUUUCGCCAACGUGACGGACAGUACUGGAACAAGGGCGAAGAAGCGAAAAAGUCGCUGGCAAAAAAGAUUAGCGAGAAGCAGCAGCGCCAGAAUGCACACAAGAAGCGGAAACUUGCAAGCAAAUAG